AUGAGUUCCUCCAAGAGCGACCAGAUCGACGGUGGUGACCUUAAGCGGGUUGACUCCUUCCAAUGGCCCUCAGGACACGUCGGGCAUUUGAGCGAGGGCCAGCAGGGCGCGCUCGACAAAUUUAAAGAGUUGUGUAAACAGAAGGGAUAUUACCAUCCUGGCGAGGGGAAGACUCCUCCUUCUCACGACGACGAGACUCUCCUCCGAUACCUGCGUGCGCGCAAGUUCAUCCCACAAGACGCCUUCGGACAGUUCAAAGACACCGAGGAUUGGCGGCAAGAAAACGAUCUCGACAACCUCUACGAGACAAUAGAUAUAGACGAGUACGAGCAGACGCGGAGACUUUAUCCACAAUGGACCGGCAGAAGAGACAAGCGUGGAAUCCCCUUCUACGUCUUCGAGGUCGCACACCUUGACCCUAAGGAGGUCACGGCGUAUCAAAACGACAAAGACAGAAAGAAGGAUGGAGGAGGGCCGGAUAUCAGGUCGAAAGUACCGCGAAAGAUGCUGCGGCUGUUCGCUCUGUAUGAGAACCUCUGCAGGUUCGUGCUGCCAUUGUGCUCUGCCAUACCCAACCGCCCAAGCGCAGAAACACCCGUGAGCCAGAGCAGCAACGUGGUCGAUAUCAGCAAAGUCGGAUUCAAGCAGUUCUGGAACUUGAGGGCGCAUCUUCAAGAUUCCAGUCGUCUGGCCACUGCUCAUUAUCCAGAAACGCUGGAUCGUAUCUUCGUCGUGGGAGCACCUAGCUUCUUCCCUACUGUGUGGGAAUGGGCGAAACGAUGGUUCGAUCCAAUCACGGUGCAAAAAAUCUCGAUCCUGUCUCAAGCCAACACGCUCAGCACACUCCAGAAAUUCGUCGAUACUGACAACAUCCCCAAAAAAUACGGCGGCAAUCUCGAAUGGUCCUUUGGCGACAUGCCCGCUCUCGAGCCAGCGAUUGCAGACUCGCUACGCUGGAAAGAAGACAUUCGACAAAAAGGGCACCGCACCUUCCCCAUAGGACCAAUCAAAUGGCAGUACGACGGCGACGGCGACCUCGUGGCGGUAGCGAUUGGAACGCAGAACGGUACCCCACGUCAGAAGGUUAUUGCGGGGCUUCAUCCUGAAGCUGACGUAGCAAGGCUUGCGUUAUCACCUGGAAGAAAUCCUCAUUCUGCACUAUUCGCGAGUGUCAGUGGCGCUGGGGCGACGACGCUGCAACAGACACUGAGCAAAGACGCGACCGCCGGCGGCAAGAAGGGCACAGCAGCGAACGGUUCGGCGAAUCCAGCUGCAGCCAUGGGAGUGACAGACGCAGAUCUGAAUGUUGGCAAGUCGCCGAAUGCUACUGUACAAGACACCUCGCGUGCGGGCACAUUUACGGUUCCCUACCGGGACCACGAGAAUGAAGUGGCGUCACCACCGAUAGGCGCCAGAGAAGGGACCUCGAGCACGCGCUUCGAGCAGCAGAGCAACACUCACGCGGAUGGCACACUCGCAGAAGGCACACCCGCAGUCCGACAAGACGGCCAGGGAAGCGGACACGCAGUCAUGGAGCCACGGACCGUGGGCCAAGCUCCCAAAGAGACGCCCCUGACGAGGGAAGACGACAGUGCGCCGACGAUGGUUGAGCAAGCACAGCAGUUGGCCGGACAGGCUGUGGAAACCGCGAAAGCCGUGCCUGCUAUGGCGCUGAAUGCAGUUGGAAUGGGCGGUAAGAAGGAGGAAGCGAAAGCCGAGGAAAGCAAGCCAGAAGACCCGCGGAUCGAUGGCAUGGAGAGUAAGAAUGUGGAGGAGUUCAUGAGGAGCAAGACGAUGAGCCAGCCGGAACAGGCGAGGUAG